CUCGAACGUACUAGCAACGGUCUGAUCAUCAAAGAACAGCCGUGAAAACAUUAUUGUGUUCAUCUGGGUCGAGCAAAUUCACCUUUUACCGAAUAAUUCACCUAAAUAAACGAACAAUGAUCGAUAACCGAGUGACAAGAAGAUGAGUUAAAUCUGUUCGCUGAAAGAAAGAGGCGGAAUUUCUCAUUUUGACAGUAUGGCAAGCUGUGGCGAGGUCAAUCUCUCUGUGGACACCCUGACUUCUGGAAAGAAGGUGAGUGGAGAGUCUGUGAUGGAUGGAACUCCUUCGUCUUCAUCUCCGUCGCUGCCUGUUCCUGAAUGCGCCAUCUGCCUGCAGAGUUGCGUCCACCCCGUACGUCUGCCAUGCCGCCAUAUUUUCUGCUUCCUGUGCGUCAAGGGAGCCUCCUGGCACAGCAAGCGAUGUGCCCUAUGUAGGCAGGAAGUCCCCGAAGACUUCCUGGAACGGCCCACUUUGCUUUCUCCCGAAGAGCUGAAGGCUUCGGCGUCGGGAGGGCGUGGGACGGGCACUAGUGGACACGCUUGGUACUAUGAAGGACGCAAUGGCUGGUGGCAGUACGACGAGCGGACGAGCCGAGAGCUGGAGGAUGCGUUUAACAAAGGCAAGAAAAACGCAGAGAUGCUAAUCGCCGGUUUCCUGUACGUGGCCGACCUGGAGAACAUGGUGCAGUACAGGAGGAACGAACAUGGACGCAGACGUAGGAUGAAAAGAGAUGUAGUGGACAUUCCUAAGAAAGGUGUUGCCGGACUUAGACUGGAUCCAGAUCCUAACCCCACGGUGGGGGCAGGCUCAGGAACGCUGCCCGUAGGAGCGGAUUUAAGUGUAGAUGGAGCUGCGGUCGAACGAGAAAGCUCGGCAGACGGAGCGGACACUGGGGUCAAUGGAGGGCGUUCUCAAGGCGUCUUUACCGCCGCUCCCGUAAGGCCGCCCACUGUCUUGGGUGGUCACCUGACGAGCCCCGCUUCCUCAAGUGCAAUUCAGCUUGUUCAAGCUUUGGCUCAACUCAAUAUCAACCCCACUGAGCCUGAACCGGAGGAGGAAGAUGCUGAUGAAGAAGACGCUUCUCCCGCUGCGGACGCCUCUGGGUAUGACUCGGAGUCCGCCACAAGUGAGGAUGACACCGAGCGCGCUGAGGAGGAAGCGGCGGAGGCCUCCCGGGGUAGCCAUAGACUGCCACAGUUGGACAGACCGACUCCUGGUGGUGGGCCUGCACCAAGCAGCGAUCGCUCCGGGUGCCCCGAUGGUCAAUGCACUGUCACCAAGGUCUGACCCCAGCACAACUACAGGACUCCUACCCAACCACCACAACUGUUGGGAAUUUCUAACCAAGCUCUAAAAUGCAAAAAAAAUACAUGAAUGAACCAUUCAAAGAAACACAGACUGGGGAAUGGGUGGGGAGUGGGGUCAGAUGGUUUUAGUGUAAAGAUGAGAGGCUGUCUUUUUCUCUCACUCUAAGACGGCUGUGCCAGGGCUGUACUCUUUAAAUGUAAAUUAGAGGCAAAACUACAAUAAAACGUGGUUAUCGCAUCUAGUACCCUAAUCUAGUUCACAUAUGCAUUUUCAGGAUUGCACCAAAGCAAAUUUUUAGAGCUCAUUGAAACAAAAUAUAUCAUCCAGUGUACUGCGUAUUUGAUAAGAAAAGAGAUUUGCCAAACUGUACCUUCGAUUUCACCCCAAAAUCACAAGGAAAAAAAUAUUAUGCUCAAAGAAAAUGUCGCUGUUUAUUGAGAUGGGAUGUUUUUACAGACAGCUUCUCAUUACUGGGGGUAAACAUUUUAUUAUGGGCUGUUUUAACCCCAUGUUGUCAGUGGUGAUUCAUUUUAGAUUCUUAAUACAUUAGUGUUUAAAAUGUUAAUUUCAAAUAUGCAUAUUUUUAAAACCGCAAUGUACAAGUAUAGUUUUCAAUUUAAAUAAUGUUUAAGUUUUUUUUUUUUACCUUACAACAAUAAUAAUUGAGGUGACGGGAUGUUAACAAUUGUGGUAACACUAGUUUUCAUUUUCAUUGAGAAAAAUGUCAUUUUCUAUUUUCAUCCUUUUGAUUUUGAGGUGAAAUACGACUGAGCUCAUAUUAUUGCUUCCAUUUGAUUGUCAAGUAUGACUCAACAGCAUCAAAUGUUAAUGAAUAUAAAGAGAUAGCUUAAAAAUUAACUGUAAUGAACUUAACAACUCAUUAGAAAUGCCAUGUAUCAGUAUAUCGAUUUGUUAUCAUUCGAAAUAGUCUGUUAAGGCAUGCCGUCAUAAAAUGAAAUGACAUCUUUCGAUAGGAAAACCAUGCCCAAUUUGCAUCUUUAAUAGUUGUUUGAUUAAAGAAAAUAUAUAUUUUGUUUAGCACUUCAAUGGAAAUGUAAACCAUCUCAAGCUGCUGCAGAGGUGUCUAGAUGUUUUCUUAUGUGUGUGAUAAAUAACAAGCAUUAGAUUUCAGCAUUUCAACUAAACUUAACGAAACAAGUAUUUAUUGUAGUUUUGCCAGAAAAAGACCCUUCAGUAAUCUUACAUUUGCUAGUGUUAACUGCGUGUGUAUUCAUUUUAAGCAACAUAUUUUUCUUUCUGUCUCAUCUUGGUGUGCUUCUCUGUUUCAUGGAUUUGCAUGUGUUGAUGUGAGCGAGCGAGAAGCCCUGGACUACGACCCUUUCUUUUAUCUGACUGAGCAAAUUGUUUUCAAGCAUAGGUGUCAGAUUUGACGUUUUUGAGAUUUUAAUCUAUUAGGUCUGAAACAGAUUGUUUGCAAGUAUGUAAGCACAGAGCACACGACCAGUGCACAAAGCGUGCUGUUACAUUUCAGUCUCUGUGCUUCUUAGAUCACAUACUUACGUGAAGUUUGCUUUUGGCCAUUAUUUUCAACACUGCUAAUUUUCAUCGUCAUUUGUUCAGGUUCAUGGUGUAAACAAAGCGAACGGAAAACUUAGUUAAAAUUAACUUCUUUUUGGUGUAUUACUUUUGUUUGUUAGUAGGAUUAUCUGAAAAAUAAAGUGUUGUCUGUUAUUUGUCAGUGAUUAAACUUUUCUGAUGUCUUAAUUACAAAACAUUAAGUUAUAUAUCUUCUAAUAUUGCGUGUUUUACUUGUAAUGAACAGUGUAACUAGAACUGAUGGUCCGGUGUGUAAAAUUGCUCUUAUUCAUAUCAUUUUACAGCAGUUUGUGUAAAGACCAGUUUGUAUAUAUAAAUAUAUCAGUCAAUUCUGCUAGUAGUCCAUGACAAUAUCAUAAAUCUUUUAAACUUCAACAAAUUAAACUCUAAAGUUAUUGUUUGUUGUAAAUGUCACUUUUCCAGUGAAUCUUUUGAUUUCCAGAAAUCUCAUAAAGCCAGCAGCAUGUGAUUUUUAAGUCAAAAUCCUGCCAUUGGUGUGUGUGUGAUUCCCAUCCGAUGGCUUCUGAUUGGUCUGUGUGCAUCCCAGGUUUCCAUAAAGCGGAGCUAAACCUUUUUGUAAACUUUACUUUAUCAUUAUUGCAAUACUGUAUUGUAUUUUUUGUGACAGAGCUGUUCACAUCUUACAGGCCAAGAAUUUGUUAAAACACUUUAUUAUUCAGGACCAGUAUGUUUGGUGAUGAGUGGAGCUGAAUGGGGUAUAUGCAGAUGGGGUGAUGACGUACUUCCGCUCUUCAAGUGAUAAUGAUGUGUUUGGUAAGAAAACAUUCAAAUUUCAGCGAACCAAGAACACAACGGCUGAACAUUGCUAUAUGCCUUUGUCAUCAUGCCUCAAGUAAGUGCAGACAAGUUGACUUAGCUUUUUUACACAUUUAUGAAUGUAGCUUGACACGGAUAGCCUGAAGCACUUCUCCUUUUUGGUUGUUGAUGUAUCUAAGUGUUUGGAUCAUUUGACCAUAAUCCUGUGUGCAUCUUGAAGCGACAAAGUGAAAAGCGCUAUUGCUUCCAUCGGAAUUUAUGUGCGCUGGAUGUAACAGAGCCAUGGAUGACAUUUUAGCAGACAUACAUCAUCGCUCCAUGUGCAUGUACCCCAUUCUGUACAAUGUCUUCUAUAUUUGGUCUUUGUGGGCAACAGCCCUUGUUCAUUGCCAAUAACCAGGUCAGUCAUCUCUUAUAAAUUUCCGGGCCAAAAUUUGUUGCAAGAAGCAUUGAUGUUAGCUAUGAAGUUUUUAAAGACCAGUUACG